CCACAACGAAAUGAAGUCUUUAUUGCUAACCCUUUUUCGCCGAUACGCACCUUGGGGCGUCACUGCCAAGUUACCCCUGAUAUCUUCUUCUGUAAUUGAGGAACGGGCUGGAAAUUCGCUCUGCUUGCUGCCCGCCCGUCUUCCGAUCAUCAUCAACCUCUCAUCUCAUUUGACAUCCUUCCAUCUCUCUCCAGUCUGUUUUUUCCGCAGUGGGCUGUGAUUACGUCUUGCUCUUCACUGUACAGGCGUUGUGCGGAUUCCCGUUUACGAUCAUCAUGACUCCUAAAGGUGCUUCGCUCCGGUGCAUAUACCUCAGUCUAGGCCUCCUGUUGACAAUAGAGGCACUCAAUCUGAGCUCCUUUUCCGGACAGGCGGAAAACAGGUUGCUCAUGGAGAGCGUCGCCGGCCUGGAGACUACGCCUCAGGCUAGAGAGAUGCUCCUCAAGGCAAACGAGGGCCCACCUGACUACACGUGCACCGCAACGAAUCCAUGCGAUCUUGGCUGUUGCGGGCCUCUUGACGAUACCGGUACUGGUGCUUGUGGCUUCGGUCCUGUUUUCUGCGGCCCCAAAUGCACGAGUGACUGCAACCGCAAAUCUGAGUGUGACGGCGAUAACUGGGGCUCCCAGUAUGCAAAUUUGACCACUUGCCCGCUCAACGUGUGCUGCAGCGAGCACGGCUUCUGCGGCACGACGGUCGACUUUUGCGGCCCAAAUCCUGUGCCGCAUCCUCAGUGCGACCUCUCGCAGCGGACCGCCGACGCGCGCACCAUCGGCUACUACGAGGGUUGGAACUAUCAGCGCCCCUGUGGUAACAUGGAGCCUGAGGAUAUUCCCUUAGGCCACUGGACGCACAUCAACUUUGCCUUUGCUCUUAUCAACCCCAAGACAUUCCACAUCGAGGACAUGGAUCCCGGCACUGGAUCGCGCUAUGACCGUGUCGCGGCGCUCAAGGAGAGGCAGCCUGAUCUCAAGGUUUGGAUCGCUGUUGGGGGUUGGGCUAUGAACGACCCCGGUCCGUAUCGAACGACCUUUUCCGACAUGGCUGCCAGCGAGGCUAACCAAGAUAAAUUCUUUGACUCGCUGUUGACUUUCAUGAAGCGGUAUAACCUAGAUGGUGUCGAUCUGGACUGGGAGUACCCCGUGGCAGAGGACCGAGGCGGCAUUCCUGCCGACUUCGACAAUUACGUCAACCUUUUGACACGUCUUCGGGAGCGCUUAAAUUCGUCUGGUAGACAGUAUGGCAUCAGCCUGACUCUACCCGCCUCUUACUGGUACCUCCGCGGCUUCGAUCUCCAAGGAAUGGAGCCCUAUCUCGACUGGUUCAAUGUGAUGACGUACGAUAUACACGGUGUCUGGGACGCCAGUAUUGACAGCCUCGGCCCUAUCGCCCAGGCACAUACCAAUCUGACCGAGAUCAAAAUGGGCCUCGAGCUCCUAUGGCGCAACAACAUCAACCCCGCGCGCGUUGUACUCGGCCUCGGCUUUUACGGCCGCAGCUUCACGAUGAAGGACCCCGGAUGCAUGAAGGCUGGCUGCGAGUUCUCCGAGGGUGCUAACGGCGGCGCUUGCACAGGCACGGCGGGAGUAUUGUCGACGGCCGAGAUCAACGAAAUCAUCGCCAACGGCGCUACCGUCACGUACGACAACGAAGCCGCCGUCAAGAUCGUUACCUGGGACUCGAACCAGUGGGUCUCAUUUGACGAUACCCAGACGCUGGGGACGAAGAUCGAUUUUGCUCAUCAGCAUUGCCUAGGAGGGACCAUGGUCUGGGCUAUUGACCUCGAUGAUGGUACGCUCACCAAGGCCUUGGGUGCGAAUAUCGAGCGGCCUGAGCUACCCACGUAUAAGCCGAGGCAAUACUUUGAAUGCGGCGAACCGCCUCGGGACGAGUUGUAGAUAGCAUGCUCAUUGCGUUCAUGUGGAGAGUGGAACUCUGCCAACCUUGAGAAACGCCUAUUGAUAAGGAAUAAACGUAUCCGCGUAGUGCCUUCUAAUAUAGUAGAAAAAUAGCCUGUUACUCAUGAUUCGC